UCUAUUUGCAACCCAGAAAGAAAAUCUAUGCUAGAAAGUCAAAAUCGAGAGGACCCGACAAUAUUCAUUUUUUAAGGAUAAGGUCCUGAUUCCCCAUGUGGAACAGUAGCAAGACCAAAUACUUAUUAAUUAUGUAUUGUUAUAUCCGUGGAGAAACAUUUCCUAGUGAAGACACAACAUAGAUAUAUAAAUUUCGCGCAAAAGUGUAUAAUGAUUAUCUCUGAAACUAAUGCGAAUUUCGCUAUGCUCCACUCGCUUUCCACGUUUGACGGGAUUAUCGGCAUCGAUCUGGUGACCCGGACAACCACAAAAUCUAAUUUUAAGUGUUGUAACCAGAUGUGCAAAAUUUUAAACGUGCGAAAAGCGAUUCGUUUCGCAAGUUCCCUAAAUCUUAAAGUGAUCGUUUUUGGCAACCCUUAUGACCUUAAAUUUUGUACGGAAACGUUGAAGCCAUUAACAAGCAGCUGCUCUAACGGAAAAAUGUCUGCAGAGAUAUGUCGGUUGACCUAUAACAGGCUGGUCGACACACUGUGGAUGGAGAACGCCUGAGACAGCCCAAUGUUCACUUUUGAAGGUGUUAACACCCUGACAUGCAAGGACGACCCAACAUUGCUUUAGCUGAAGGCAACCGUCUUCAAGCUGGACGGCUUAUGGGAAGGGGCCAACCUGGACGUAGUGAACAGAAAUAAUAUUCCGUCCAUAUCGGAGGUAAAGGUGCUCCUUCCGAUAAUCGUUCAGAGUGAGAUCAAUAAGGAAGCCGCGGUUUUACCUUAAAAGCGCAAAGGUGAUAUGGCUUGGGGCUUAUGAAGCGUGUACCUUUGCCUCAAAAAAUGUCAUCCGACCGACAAGGUCCUACACAUAUUGUGGUCAAGGAAGGUAGAGGCAGAUUUCGGUCUUGAGAGCGGAACCGAUUCCCUCUGAACUUCAACCUGACUGACAAGACCGAAGAGGUUUUGACGGAAUUGUCCAUGCAGACAGAUCCCUCGCGAGCAUGCUUUGGUUCAGGAACCGUGCAAUAUAGG